AUGAUUAGCAUCAAAUUUUCUUCAUUCUUUGUAUCCAUUGACAAUUCGAAUUUCUAUUCUAAAGUGUCCCUUGAUUUUUUAUCUGCUCGUGUCAAGAUUGUGGCAUCAACAAACCAAGUGAUUUUGAUUUGUCUUGAUGAUCGAAUUCCGCGAUAUUAUAUAGUGAGAUUCUCACAGCCUAGGUCUCACCAUGGCAGGGACUUGAAUCAUUAUAACCGUGCUAGAUGUGAGUUCUUUGAUCCAAAGACCUGGACAUGGAAGCAGUUGCAGGAGGUAAAAUUGCCGAAACCCGGUUUAUUAGUAACUUCUUGUAUGCGUAGCAUAUCUGCAUGUGGCUCACUUGAUUGGCUCACAUGGGAGAAUAACGUAUUUGCAUUUCAUGUAAAGGAAGAGAGGUAUAGCAUGUUUUCGCUUCCUCUACCGGUUAAGGAUAAAGACAUUGAACUGGUCGAAUAUGAGGGAAAGCUUGGUCUAAUCUGCGUGAGUAGAGGAGAGUUUCUUGGAGUUGUGGGUCAUGGAGACUUAUGCCAAAAGAGAAUGGAACAAAAGGAAUACAAUAAGCCUUGA